AUGCCACACAAAAAUCAGUGCAAAGAAAUUAGCACAUCAAUAGGACUUAAAUGUGGACUGUGGUUUGGGCUUCGGGCAAGAUGCACACUUCACAGUGUUCUCACUGGGACUCAAACGAGCAACUCUUUGAAUUGUUGUUGUGCUUUGUUCCAUUUUCACAGACCAGUUGAAUUUUCAGAAACCGAAUAUCCACGAAUCGAAUAUCAAAGAAGACAGCAACAGUUUUGGGACCCUAUACGACUAGCUCUGUUCACAUUGGCGAUUGUCGCAAUCAUAGGAAUCACAAUUGGCAUCGUCACUCAUUUCGUGGUUGAAGAUGACAAGUCGUUCUAUUACCUUGCCUCUUUUCAAGUCACAAACAUCAAAUACAAAGAAAAUUACGGAAUCAGAUCAUCAAGAGAGUUUAUAGAAAGAAGUCAUCAGAUUGAGAGAAUGAUGUCUAGGAUAUUUCGACGUUCUUCUGGAGUGGGUCGGUUUAUCAAGUCCCAUGUUAUCAAGAUAAGUCCAGAUGAACAAGGCGUGAACAUUCUUAUAGUGCUCAUGUUUCGAUAUCCAUCUACUGACAGUGCCGAGCACAUCAAGAAGAAAAUUGAAAGGACUUUAUAUCAGAGUCUGAAGAUCAAACAGUUCCCUUUGACUAUUAAUAAGCCAUCGUUUAGCCUCACACCCAUUGACAGCAAAAAGAUGAGAAAUCUUCUCAACAGUCGAUGUGGGAUAAGAAUGUCAUCUUCCAACAUCCCAUUACCAGCAUCCUCUACUACUGAACGAAUUGUCCAAGGGAGGGAAACAGCUAUGGAAGGGGAGUGGCCAUGGCAGGCUAGCCUACAGCUCAUAGGGGCUGGCCAUCAGUGUGGAGCCACGCUCAUCAGCAACACAUGGCUGCUCACAGCAGCUCAUUGCUUCUGGAAAAACAGAGACCCAAGUAAAUGGAUCGCUACCUUCGGUACAACGAUUACACCACCGUUAGUCAAACGGAGUGUUGGGAGGAUUAUCAUCCAUGAAGAGUACCACAGAGAUAGCAAUGAGAAUGACAUUGCUCUAGCUCAGCUAACCAGCCGCGUCGAGUUUUCAAAUGUGGUUCAGAGAGUCUGCCUCCCAGAUUCGUCUAUGAAACUGCCACCAAAAACAAGUGUCUUUGUCACAGGAUUUGGGUCUAUUGUAGACGAUGGGCCAACACAAAAUAAACUCCGGCAGGCCAGGGUGGAGACCAUAGGCUCUGAUGUGUGCAACCAAAAGGAUGUGUAUGACGGCUUGAUAACUCCAGGGAUGCUGUGCGCUGGAUUCAUGGAAGGAAAAGUAGAUGCUUGUAAGGGUGAUUCUGGUGGACCUUUGGUCUAUGACAAUCGGGACAUCUGGUACAUUGUAGGCAUAGUAAGUUGGGGGCAAUCUUGUGCUCUUCCAAAUAAGCCUGGAGUCUACACAAGGGUGUCUAAGUAUCGAGACUGGAUAGCCUCCAAGACUGGCCUCUAAAGUAGACUGUUGUGAGUGAUAGCCACAGACCACAGAGCAGGAUACCUGAAGAUUGUACAGUAUCACGUAGAGUUGUGAGUUAUAGCCACAGCCCAUGGAGCAGAAUGCCUACAGAUUGUACAUCAUGUGCAUUAUUACUAAGAGUCAUCGGGAUUGAAUGAGUGCUUUUGCCAGAUGUCAAGGAACUCUUCAGACCGAGACCAACGUAAGGUCAUGAGGUGGCUUUUUGUGUAUAAACUUUUACCAAGAAGGAAGAAAAUCUGGCAAAUAACAGGCAGCACCAGUACCUCACUCACCAAAGUGCCUCGUUAAUGUGACAAACACAAACAGCUUCCCUCAGGAUAUCAAGAGCUGCCAGGUGGCUACGAUCUCACCUCAUAUGAUACAUAGAGCUCCAGGACUCAUCUCAUAAACAUCAGCUAGCAUCUUCCUUAAGGAUUCAAGACACAAGCAUUUUGGAACUCGUGACUGGACAUUUGACUGCUGCAAUGAAGGAGUGUGGAACCUGAGGUAAAACUUGAACUCUAAGCUGGGUUUGCAGCUGACCGAGCAGGACGUUUUUCUCAACCACAGGAACUGUCAUUAUCUAGAUGCAUUGGAACUUGCCGUUACACUGUAUAAUGCCCUCAAGCAGUAGCUUUAGAGAGCAGAUUACAUUGUUAAGAAGCAUUUCUGACUGUCUCUUGCCAUCCACAUAUCAAUCAUAUUUCGUCCAGCAAAGAGAAAAAAUAGAAUCAUUCUAAGUAUUUCCCCACUAGUAUAGGAAGGAUAAAAGGAAGCUGAUGAAGGCAGAAUUAUCUGAAAAAUGAUUAGCAUCAGGGAACUCUAAACUUUUGAUGGAAGGUGUUCUCCAAAUAUUUAUUUAGAAGUAUAGGCAUAAGCAAGUGGCAGCUGAUGCUUUUGUAAAUCACCAGCUCAUUACCAAGUUCUAUGUCUAUCAGAAUGUCAGGUGGGGCAUGCCUCAAGUAAAACACUUAGUACAGUGCUCACUAUGCACUAAAUACAAAGUCCUAGUAAGUGAGGGUCCCAGCAAACGAGCUUCACUAUAGUUCAAAGCCUGGUGGUUGGCACAGUGUUAGCGAGCACAGAUUGUCUGAGCUAGGCCAGUGGCUCAUGUACUUUGUCUCUGCCCUAUGCAAAGUAUAUGUAUGAUUUUAUGCAAAUGACCCAAUAGCUCUGUUAAUUAGCACUUUCAUCUGGAUGGUGUGAAUAAAAAGACUACCUCAC